AGGUUCUUAUUUUUCUUCCAACGUUCUCUAGAAUACACGGAGACAUGCAUAUAUAAGCAAAUAAGCAAACCAGUUGAUGUGCAAACAGUCCUUAAUAAUUUAUUUUGGUGCUUAGUAACUUAGGUAUAUAAAAGGUGAAUAAAUCUAUUACUAUAAAGAAGAGUGUAUCCCUCAUGUGAAGACACGUCAGCUGACAGGUCACAAAUUCGAAGUUUCCUGGCUUGACACGUAUGAAACGCAUCGUUUCAUUAAUGUGUUAUUCUCAUAAUUACGGGCUUGACGUUGGGCCUAUGCCGCACGCCUCUUGCGGCCUAUCGACCACAUAUGUGGAUGAAACCCUAAUUGGUUUGGAGGCAAGCCUUCGUGUUCUUCGUUUCGUUCAGAUCGGCGACGUUCCAGUUUCUGCAACGGUGGUUUGGCUUUAUUCUUCUUAAAUCAUCUUAAUUCACAAUCCCACUAUGAAAUUAUCUUUUGCGCUGUUCCUCGGCGAGAUCAUGUAUAAAUAUGCUGCAAUCUCUUCCCUGCGAAUCGCGAUAUCUACUUCUCUCUUCUACACAUCUCACUCAUAUUCAUAUUUUUCUGAUCACAUGGAUCUGCUCAUGGUCGAUCUUAAUGACCCUCCAGCUCCUAUGCCAAAAGAUACAAAUUUGGAUAUAACUAGAGCCUUAGUUGAUGUAAAAAACCAUCCGGUUCUCAUAUAUUACAAAGCGUCAGAGCUUAGGACAAGCCGUUGGUGGGGGUGUUUAAGAAAAGUUCAGAGCUCAUCAGUCCAUAAUCUGUAUCACAACUUGCUUAACGGUUGGAUUGUUAUAGAGAUGGUUGGUUGUUGGAGGUGAGUAACCAUAUGUUGGAUGGGAGAAGAAGCGAAAAAGCAAGUCAGAGUUAGGAUGAGAGAAGAAUCUUUCUGCUACAUUUGUUGAUUUUUUCCUUGAUUUAUCUUUUUACUGAUGGAGAUGGCGUGAACAACUGAAGAAAUUCACAAAAAUUCAUCAGGCUGUCAUUCAAUUGGCUGCAAAAGGAAAAGUUCAAGUACAUGAGGGGAUGUAGAGAACAAUAAAAUCCAACAAUUGGGAGAAGGAACUUUCGAUCAGUAGAAUGAAACCUGAAAGAAACAUGAGGGCACCUUCUUUUUCUUCAUGUGCCUUUGCAGCAUAAUGAUUUAGUGUAGCUUUGUCAACAGAUGUCGUUUUUAAUUUGCGAUGAGCUCUAAGUCGAGCGCCGAAGCCAAAAGAAGAUAUAAAUGCUGGUAGUAUUUGUAUUUUUUAAUAACCAACGUUGAUUAAACACUUAAACUUGAGAGGUGCCUGUAAUAUAAAGAUUUUUCAUUGUUAA